CUCGGCAUCUUAUUCCCUUCUUCUGUUCAUAAUUCAACCAGUUUCCAUCAGUUUUUGCCUACCAAAUUCACCAGCAUGGCAGAUACACUGACACAAGAUCAAAUCUCCGAGUUUCGUGAAGCUUUUAACUUGAUUGAUAAAGAUUCAGAUGGCUUCAUAACCAUGGAAGAAUUGGCAACAGUGAUUCAGGCAUUAGACGUAAACCCUACAAAAGAAGAAGUUCAAGGCAUGAUUAGUGAGGUUGAUGUUCAAGGACAUGGGACCAUUGAUUUCGAUGAUUUCUUAAAUAUCAUGGCUGGAAAAAUGAAGGAGAAUGUGAUUGAUGAACUACAAGAAGCUUUCAAAGUGUUCGACAGAGAUCAAGAUGGAUUCAUAUCAGCAAGCGAGUUGAGACAAGUGAUGAUGAAUUUGGGAGAAAGAUUAACAGUGGAAGAAGCAGAGCAGAUGAUCAGAGAGGCAGACUUAGAUGGCGAUGGAGUAGUGAGCUACGAGGAGUUCGCAAGGAUGAUGAUGGCCUUUUGACAAAAUCUCUAACUCAUUCGAAAUUAUUGUUAACUUUCUUUUCUUUGUUGUGGGGGAUGGAGAUUCUUC